CUUCACAGACUGUUUGCAACAAGUUCAAGAAAUGUGCCUAGCAGGACUAUGCUAAGACUGUUCAAGUUAUAAAGUAACCAUCAAGCUUUUGUGCCUGGUCUUUAGACCAAGAGUCUCCUAGAGAUCGUGAUCUUCAGGGGACAAAAUGAAUGCCCGGAUCUUCUCAGUGAAAAUCUCCAUCUUACUUCUGCUGAUCUUUAUGUUUUUGUCUGGGUACUUAUUCUGCUACCAAAGAAAAACAGACUUCACCAGGAAGUGGAUUCCAAAUUCCGUAACAUUAGAGACAAAAACAAUACAAAGAAGAAAACCUGUGAAUAACUUGACUUACCCAGUAUUCAAGCACCCCCUGGCUCCCCCAUACCCGUACCCAUACAACUUUAUUCUCAACCAGCCAGACAAGUGCAAGAACCGGACGCCUUUCCUCGUUUUGAUGGUGCUUGUAGAGAGCCAGGACAUCAUGUCUAGACACACAAUCCGGGAAACAUGGGGUAAUGAAAGUCUUUAUGAUGUCGAUGUGGUCAGGGUCUUUCUAGUGGGACAACCUGUACAUAUUCCUGACCAGACCCAGUUGUUAUUGGAGGAAGAAAAAGAGGUCUUUGGGGACAUCAUCCAACAAGACUUCAUGGACACCUAUUAUAAUUUGACCUUGAAAACUUUAUUGGGUAUAGAAUGGGUGACCAAGUUCUGUCCUUCUGCCAGCUAUGUCAUGAAGAUAGACAACGACAUGUUUGUCAAUGUAGACUACUUAGUCCAUCAGCUUCUUCGUCCAGACUUACCUGUUCUCCAAAAUUACUUCACAGGAUUCAUAGUUUUCAAUGGUUCACCCUAUAGGGACUCCUCUUCCAAAUGGUACCUACCUAAGGAGGUCUAUCCAAAUGACACUUUCCCACCAUAUUGCGCUGGUCCUGGAUAUGUGUUUUCAGUUGACAUGGCGCAAAAAAUCUAUGAUGUGUCCCAAGACAUUAGGGUCAUCCCCAUGGAAGAUGUGUUUAUGGGGGUAUGCUUGUAUGAGCUCCGUAUCCCACCUACCGAACCACCUCCAGGUAUAUUUAAUGGCCUCAGGAUUGAUUAUGACCUUUGCACUUUUAAGAAAGUUGUGACAGUGCACAAAUACAAAAGAGAAGAGCUAAAGACUAUAUGGACAGACUUUUGGACCAAGAAAUCUCAGACCUGCUAGGAAAUGGGAUUUUUUUUAUUUCAUAGAAACUAAAAAUGGAAAGAAUGAAACCAUUUAAAAUGGAAAAAUCUCUACUACGCAUUUGAUAACUUUUUCUCGCAUUCAACUCUAGGAUGUGAUGGGCUGAUGAAGUCCUUCUUCUGAUAGGCACCCUCCUUAUUUAUGGUGCUAUGUAAUGGUUACUAUUCUCUGUGGCAAUAUAUGAACA